AUGGGAUUAUUUUCAAAUCUUCAAGGCAGUGCCCUUACAAGAGGCAUCACAAUCGCCUGUGGUGCCGGAUUUUUCCUCUUUGGCUACGACCAAGGUGUCUUUGGCGGAAUCCUUACCAAUGAAAACUUUCUCAAAACUUUCAAUGACCCUAAUGCCACCAUUCAGGGCCAAAUUACCUCUACCUACUACCUUGGUGCCAUCUUUGGUGCUAUCUUAUCGCGGUUUAUCGGAGACAAAAUCGGACGACGCAAGGCUAUCAUGAUCGGAUGUACUUUCUUGACCGUCGGUGGUAUCCUCCAGGCCACUGCGAGUGUUCUACCUCAUAUGAUUAUUGGUCGAAUCGUGGGCGGGUUCGGGACUGGCCUCAAUACCACGGCGAUUCCGAUGUGGCAGGKCGAGACUUGUAAACAGCAUCAUCGUGGUCGAUUGGUGAUUAUGGAAUUAGUGUUGAACAUCUUUGGUAUCGCCGUGACUAGCUGGAUGAACUAUGGCUUUACUUAUCUACCAAAUAAUUCGGUGUCAUGGAGAUUUCCGCUAGCGUUCCAAUCGUUCUGUUCCAUGGUCACGUUCGUGUUUACCAUUGUCAUGCCAGAGUCUCCGCGAUGGCUAGUUCUGCGAGGCCGCAAUGAUGAAGCAAAACAUAUCCUCGCCCGUCUCAUGUCCAAAGACGACAAUGACCCCGAAGUCACCGAGUCUCUAAGCGUCCUUUCAGCGACUGUAGCCCACGAGAUCGAAAGUGAAAGUGCCGCCAUGUCCGACAUCUUCCACAAUGGACCUCAACAGAACCUCCGCCGUAUACUUCUUGGCGCGGGUAUUGCGCUCAUGCAGCAAGCAUGUGGCGUCAACAUCAUUGCAAACUAUCUGCCCGUCGUACUCACAAAAUCUGUCGGCCUGUCUGACCGUCUUGCAUUGAUCAUCUCCGCGGUUUACAGUCAUGCCUUGAUGAUCUGGGCGACCACGUCCAUGCUUGUCAUCGACUCAUUCGGACGAAAGAACUUGUUGCUGGCCGGUGCCGCUGGACAGAGUAUUGCAUUUUUUAUGAUUGCAAUCGGCAUCCGGGUUGGGAGUUAUUCCAUGUCUAUUUUCACGAUUGUGUUUAUCUUCGUGUACAAUUUCUUCUUUGGUAUCUCGUUCCUGUCGAUCCCGUGGCUGUAUCCCGCCGAGAUCAAUUCGCAGGCUAUGCGUAAUGUCGGUACAUCCAUAUCGACGGCCACGAACUGGAUAUUCGUCUAUGUGGUUGUCCCGGUCACGCCGCUGGGAAUAACAAAUUUGUCGUGGAGGUUUUAUCUGAUGUUUGGGUUCUUCAAUAUUGCCAUGUUGCCUGUCUUGUGGUUGUUCUAUGUCGAGACAUCAAAGCUAUCACUCGAACAGAUUGACCGCCUGUUUGAGGUGUACUCUGAGGGCCAAGACAGCAAGAUGACUCUGAAACAAGCGAGAAAGCAGGUUCUGAUUGAGGCUGAAGUUGUUGGCAAUGCAGGUGGGAAUGGACUUGUCAUGCAGACAUUGGGGACCAAGGUUGAUGCGGAUCAUCUGGAAGAUGUUGUUGGUUAG